AUGGAGUGUCGAUCACCCAAUCGGAAGCAGCCAGGGUCUCAGAGCUGCGGCUCGCCCUAUGCGCUAUGCUUCAACCUCGACCUCAUCGCCCAAAUCCCCCCUUCCAACUCGCGCCGCUGGCUGGGCAUCGUCGUCGUGGGUGCCACAGCAGCAGGCGCAGGCGCCUACAUCCGGUCUCAAAAUACAACUUCUGCGACCUUGAACCCGGAAAAAUUCACCAAAUACAGCCUUGUCUCGCGCGAACCUGUGUCAGCAACCAGUAGCCUUUUCACACUCCGACCGCGCAAGCCCAGCGACAGCAACUACGACGUCUACGAGGAAGCUUGGCAGACUGGAGUAUGGAGUGUGAUGUUUAAGCAGCCACAAUUACAGAUCGGACGAGAUUACACUCCACUGCCCACGACGGCUGCGACGAUGCUAAGUGUCGAUGACGAGAAUGAAGGCUGCUUGCGGUUCUUCAUUCGGAAGGAUCCUUUUGGAGAGGUCUCGCGGUAUCUGCAUACCAUCGAAGUCGGAGCUGAUGUCGAGAUGCGCGGUCCUAAAAUUGAAUGCACGAUUCCAAAGGAAACAAAUAAUAUCCUCUUUAUUGCUGGUGGAACGGGGAUUGCGCCAGCUCUGCAGGCCGCAUAUUCGCUUUUGAAUCGCACGACCACCGAGCGUCGGCCGACGAUCCAUAUUUUGUGGGCGAAUCGAUUAAAGGAUGACUGCGCUGGUGGUCACAGUGACUCGUUGAAGCCGCAGCCACGCCGAGGCUGGUUCUCUGGGUGGUUUGGCUCGUCCAAGAGCCAGGGAACCAUCGCUUCCGAUCCCACCGCCGUUAUGAAAAAGGAAGAUGUAUCCAUCAUCGUGCGAGAGCUAGAGGCGUUCAAGUCUCAAUACCCCGGGCAGGUCACCGUGGAUUACUACCUGGACGAGGAAAAUACAUUCAUUGGAAAAGAGGCUAUCCGAAGUGCCAUUGAGCCAAUCUCAGCAAACGACGCUCGCAAGAGUAACUUAAUUUUGGUCUCCGGUCCUGAAGGGUUCAUCAGCUAUAUGGCUGGGCCCAAGCUGUGGGCGCAAGGACAGGAGCUUCAGGGCCCCCUAAAUGGAGUGAUCAAGGAACUUGAGCUCAAAGAAUGGGGUGUGUGGAAGCUUUGA